UAUAGACAGAACAACAUAGUGACAUCAUUUAAGCAAAAGAUUAACCAUGUGAUGGAUGACUAAAUUGCCAAAGAGGAGUUUUCAUAAUGAGGACAAAGCUUUCGAAUUGCCUACUCGAUAUUGGGGAAAUAUGUAGACUACGAACGGAACGCAAUGCAAUGCAGGGGUUGUCUCAAGCGGUGGGGGUCAUACGUUCCGGCAGUGUUCUGAGCAAAGGAUGAAGUUAAAGAGGAGCGAGCCAAACCGUGAAUAUUCUACUACGGGUAACCAGCAAACUACAUUGUUAUGAAUGGUCCACACACUAUGCGGUAUUUAAGUAGGCUAUGCUUUGCGGUUUGAUUACUUGGUGGCAUCUUUCAGCCUUUUUAAUGAGUAAAGAUUAUGCUUAGCUGAAUAUGAAAUGCACAUUUUUUCUGGUGCAUUUCUACCUAAAAAAGCUUGACAUAUGCGAUUUUUUUCUUAAUUUCGUUUAUUUGAGUGAUUGCAGUAUCCGUUAUCAGGACGUACGGGAGUGGAUAUUGGUACAGCAACAUGUUAUAGGAAUUCUGGGUUAUUGACAAAAGCAAGUGGAAUCAUCACGGGCUGCCAUCUGCAGGGACCUCCACUUUUGAAUUGAACGAUGACUGGACCCAACGCCACUAGCACUUGUUCACCUGCAGCUAAGAUGGGGAGGCACCGAUCCAAAAGUACCAGUGGCAGUACGUACUGCAACUCGAGCCCGGGUGCUGAAUCUGCCACCCUUAGCACCCCCAACAACGCUGGACGUUCAUCGGGAGAAGAAGAUGAGAAAGAUGGGGGUGUGCUCUUUUACGUGAACAGAACUGGUUUUCCCAUUGAGGGUGUCACUUGGGAGAGGAUGUGGACUCAUGUAGCCAAAGUACACCCCGAUGGACAAGACAUGGUCAGCAAGAUAAGGAAUGCUGCAUACCUUCCCAAACACCCUGUGCCAUCGGUCCCCAACUUCAAGCCCUCCAUGUCUGUCCCUGCCUGGCUGCUGGCCAUCCAGAACUACAUGAAGGCACUGCAAUACAAUCACACAGGAACUCAGUUCUUUGAGAUAAGGAAGACCAGACCAUUGUGUGGGUUGAUGGAGACUGCGAGAGAAAUGAUCAGGGAAUCUCUUCCAAUCAAAUGCCUUGAAGCUGUCAUCCUUGGGAUAUACCUGACCAACGGGCUGACGUCGGUGGAGCGUUUCCCCAUCAGCUUCAAGACCCAGUUCUCAGGGAACCACUUCCACCACGUGGUGCUGGGCGUCUACUGCAACGGACGCUAUGGUACGCUGGGCAUGAGCCGCCGCCAAGACCUCAUGGACAAGGCCUUGACCUUCCGCACGCUCAGCGAGUUGGUGAUGGAGUUCGAGGACUCGUACCGUCGCUACCAGCACACGCUGAAGAAGGUGAAGAUCGGCCUGUACGUGCCCCACGACCCGCACGUCUUCCAGCCCAUCGAGUGGAAGUACCUGGUGCUCAACGCCGCCCGCCUGGGGAAAGAGGACAUGAGGAAGGAGCUGGAGAAACAUGGCCGAGACAUGAGGAUGAAGAUCCUGAAGUCAUCGAGUGCCCAGUCUCCCAUCAAAGAACGGACCAGAGGCAAGUCUCUCUCCCCCCACCGCCGACAGAGCAGCCCCCAAAGACGCCACAUCCACCGGAGAGACAAAUCACCUGCAGCUCUGGAUCGAAAGCCUGCAGAACUCAGUACCUUGAAUGACGGCUACCAGAUCCGCAUAUGAGACUCAUUCUCCUGGUGUCCGCGACUCCCUACCCCCAUCCCACCCUCUCCUGUCCAUGGUGCUUCUUUCAUGCACUCUGACUCCCCCCUCUCCCCCAGUCCGCCUCACAAACCCUCAAAUGGGAUAUCUAUUUAAUAUACAUUGUGUAUAUCAUAUUCAUAAAGUAUUUAUAGGGUUUUACCAGCCUCAUCUAAAAGGGUGAAGAUGAUGACAUUAUGCUCAGUGCUAAACUGGAGGUUGGCAUCCAGUACGAACACAUACAUCAUAAGUAUUUCAACAUUGCUCUACUCCUGAAGGAUAGUAUGCCUUCUGUAUACACAUCUAUUAUGUUUUGAAUAAAGGACUUAUGUCUAAGUAGCGGACAUCAUAUCAAGAUCUCUCAUGCCUUUAGGGAAGUACAUAAUGUAUGUGAGGGUGCUCUACAUUGUUUUAUGUAAAAAGGAGAUCAACUUCAGUUAAAUUGACAAUGUGAAGCGAGCUUUAAAAGCUGUGAAUUUGAUGCUGACAUCAUGUAAAAAAAGAUCAAAUAGUGUGACAUAUCUAUUUUUUCAAGCCCAUCAUAAAAUGUAAAGAUUCUUUAGAUUGAAUAGUUGUUGUUUUGCCUAAGCCUGUAAAGAAUGUUGAGUAGUUAUGCGCUGGGCUGAGCUGCAGCUCAGUGUGAUGAUUAGAAGUGAAUGAGAGAGAGAGAGAGAGAGAGAGAGAGAGAGAGAGAGAGAGAGAGAGAGAGAGAGAGAGAGAGAGAGAGAGAGAGAGAGAGGUACUGUAGGCCUGAGGUGAGGGGAACCCAGAGGGGCCAAAGACCAAAGCAGUCAAGCAGAGAGCCUGCUGAGUACUGCGGCAAACCCCAGCCUUGACUGACUCCCUGUUAGCUCUGGGUUAGAUUAUCCCCUCUGUCUCUGUCGGGCCGCCCUCCUCUAUCACAGAUGCAGCAUAAACCAGGGCUUUCCAACCCUGUUCCUGGAAAAGCUACCCUCCUGUAGGUUUUCGCUCCAACGCCAGUUGUAACUAACCUGAUUCAACUUAUCAACCAGCUAAUGAUUAGAUUCAGGUGUGCUAGAAUAGGGUUGGAGUGAAAACCUACAGGACGGUGGCUCUCCCGGAACAGGGUUGGGGAUCCCUGGUAUAGAUCAAUUCAAGUUUUAAGCAAUUGUUCUUGUAAAGAAAUCAAAGCUGGUGACAAUGAUGCUUUGGAGCUUAGCCAGAACAUGACCUUUUAUUCCAAAAAUAAUUUGACAGUGACGUUGGUUUGAAUCUAGCCUAUGCGGAGUCGCCCUAAAACGCUAACAUCCCGUUUUCAGGGAUACAGUAUUUUCAACCUAACUUCUGUCUCCGCUCAGGCGGCUUUCUACGCCCGUUACUUUAAGUUCGGAUCAAUCAAAUGUCAACUCUUUUAUGCCUCGCUAUACAGUUGUAUGCAAAAACAUAUGUUUGAUAAUGUCAUGUAGUUCCUAACUAGAGGCCUUUCUUGAAGUUAGAAUGCAAACACUGAACUGAACACCGCAAGACGGACAUAUCAAUCAAAUCGAAGCUCCUCAUUUGCCUUCUUAACUGCCUGGACACAUUGUCAAAGUUGUUCGGAAUGUUUUUUAUCGUAUUCAAAAAUCAUCAUCAGAUAUGCAGGAGGGUGCCAACUGAACAAUAUCAGAUUUUGUAGCAUUUGGUUAAAGAAGCUAUGCACAUCAAACAGAUAAUGAUAGCUAACUGUAUGUCUUCCUCAAUCCAAAUGGUUUCUAGAUUGCAGCAGAAUUGAAAUCCAGUCUUGUUAUAUUGAAUUUUGAACAAUAUCAGUGCAGUGAUGUUUCAUAUGAUCCUUUUUGAUUCGUGUAGAUUGGUGCUGCUAGUCUGACAGUAUACCAUUAAGGCCAGCAUCAUUGGUACCAGCCGUCUGAAAGACUACUCUAAGCACAAAACAGCCAGCUUAAUACUUAAUAUAAACCGAGCCACAAUCAUGCAGAAGCACAAUGCGCUUCUUCUUUACACCAUACAAUACUUUGUCUAAUCUAUGUCGGCUAGGUUUAACACUCUUAUUGUUAAAAACUGCCCUAAUAAAGACUUACCGGGAGAAAAGACUGCUUUCACUGCUGCAAAUCUGAGAACUGAAAGGUAGUACUUGAAAGUGAUGUAGCUUAAAUAGAUUUUUUUACUCUUAGCCGUUUAGUUUUGAGCUAAAUCAUGUUAUGGAUGAGUUCCAUUGGUGACUCUUUGCUGUUUCUUGAACAAAUAUAUUACUCAGUACAGUGUUUAAUUAUGCAGUUUAUUGUUGUUUUGAUGUGGUGGAAACACAUAAACACAUAGUUUUGAUGAUGAUGAUGAUGAUGAUGUAGCAUUCUUUGGACAAUGUGUGAUUUUAAAGAAGGACACUCCACAUUGUAGCAGUAUCAAUUUUCAAAGGCCUUGCUUUGUUAACAGGUUGAACACUAAAGAGGCUUGACACAUUACAUACCAUCCAACGGGAUACGGUUGAAGAAAAACGGUACCACUCCUCAUGAUGACUGUAGAUGGGUUUUUUUGCGAUUUUGUAUUUUCCAAAUGGUGGUUUUAAAAAAAUAUAUAAGAAUCAAGUUAUCUGAAUAACUGCCUAAUAUGAGUAACCUGAAAACAGCUGCCACCACUAUAAUGUACCACCACCUACUGCAUUCAGUGGAUGAUAACUUGAAAGGCAAUGUUGUUGGGGCUAAGUGCUACUGAAUAUUUAGCUGUUUUCUAAGCAUGACGUGGAACUCUACUUAACCUUUGUGUUUACAGCUGUAACUCAGCUUUUAGAUGAGACUGCUUUACCUGUAUUCAAGUGCAUUUCAUGAGGGGUGUUCUCUUGGCCUCUUCUCAUAAAUGGGAAUGUAAGUGACUAGAACUCUGGGUGUUAGUGUUCUCUCUAUACUAAUGCCGCUAGAGCUACCAGUUGGCUGGUAAUGUUGUCAUAUCUUUCUGGAAAGGGCUGAUUUUUGUCCCAUUGGCUGAAGUGGAAGAAGAUAAGUAUUGAUGGUAGAUCAACAGCAGAACUAAUGGAAGCAUUUCUUAAGCCCCGUUCAUACCUGGUUCUAACAUGCGUCCUUUGUCCUGAUUGUGUCCGUAUCCUGAUUGUGCCCACAUUUGUAGACCGGUGUGUACACAUUAUGACCGGAUUGUGUGGGCACAAUUAGAAUGUGGGCAAGAUCAGGACCAAGGAUGCAUGUUUAGCGCCAGGUAUGAACGAGGCUUCAAAAGCCCUGAUGUGGCUAACAGAUCUCACUAUUCUCUUGAAAUGAGCCUUCAGAAUCUGUCCCUGUUGUUUUUACAUGUAUGAUGAUGACAAAGUGUUAUUUUUGCAUUACCACUGGUGGAAGAUGAUGUCCUCCCAACUCCUACUGUCACAAUGAUCAGUUGACAAUGUUUUUUUAUCAACUGUAGCAUGUUAUAAUAAAAAAUGAUUUAUCUUUUUAA